CAUACAGCCUGGUAACUCACUCCCUCUCUGCUAUACUCGUCUCUCGUCCUACAAAUAUCAUCGAUGGUGUUGCCUGAUAUCUACCCAUCCCCAGGCUCGCUUGACCUAGGGCAGCUUGUCCAGGAUCGCCUCAAGAGGGUGAAUCAGCAGUUUCCAGCCUUGGCUCCAACGACGCUUGAAGACUUCCGCAGAGUAGCAGAUGAGCUCUCCACUAUCUCUGAUGUAUGUCAAGCAACUAUAAAGAGACUAGCAGCGCAGGAUGGGGUGUACGAUGCAACCAAAGCACUUGACGAGACUGAACGUGCCCUUGACUGGGCUGUGUUUCUAUCUCAAGUCAAAGUAGACCAUGUGCCUGCUCAACGGGCCCUUCUCUUCCGCGCCCACAACCAGCCUGCUACGGAUCACCCUGGAGUGUACAUAUCAGCUGCUCAGAAGAUACCGUUUAAUGACGAAUAUCGGCAAAAAAGUUCCGUGCAAGGAUUUAUCAAAUCCCUCGGAAGGCACUUAGGAAAGAAAGUAAUAGAAGCUAGGUGUCAGACUGUGAGGGUUUUUUCUAAUCAAGGACACGUUGUACUGUGAAAAAAGACUGUGAUAAUUGAUGGUGGAAAUUGAUGGUAUUGAUUGAUCUGAUCUUGUUCAGCGGCGCGCCUGCGCGCCGCCUUAUGAGCGCUAUCGCUGUAACACCGGGAGUAUGAGGUGUGGCUCAUAUAUCGGCCCUACCUAGGGUGCGCGUGGCGCUUGGCUCUGAUUGGCUGGAAUCAUAGAAUCCGGGUGCUCGAUCACACCUGAAUUCUGUCACUUAUCUGACACUAGGAUAGGAAAGCGGAUGAAGACAAAGUUCACCUCAACAAGUACGAGGUUGGAAUGGACCCUCCACUUGACAGGAAAAAAGUCAAGGGAACUACAGGAGCAAGUUAACUUCAUGAUCUUCGAUGUUCAAGUGCUGUGUCAAACGCCAAAGACUACUG